AGAACUUUGCAUUUGCUUUCAACGUGAGGAGGAGUUUGGGAAUGUCAUCCAAAGAAAACUUUGAUCAGGUCAUGGUGGUCCUGGGGUUCAUAACCUCUCAGAUGUAAAGAUAGCCAGGUGUUUGAAGACUGCCACUCUUUGAUGGAGUCCAGUGUUGCUGGAAACAAUCCCUCCAGGCAAAAGUAAUGUGUGUAAAUAUUAAAUGGGGUUAGUAGUCAAGGGGGUCAGGAUAAAGUAUAUAAGUCUGCACUUGGUUGGGGAAGAAAUGGUGUUCUUCAAAACCUAUCAGAUGGUUAGAACAUCUAAGGUUUAUGCACGGUGAAAAGUUAAUGUUAGACAACAGACCCAUCAUUCAGCUUCAUUAUGUCCUUUAAGGAAGUAAUUAGUAAAAUAACAAUGGCUCCCCAACAGUUAGGGGCCAGUCUUAAACCAUCAGUUCCUUGUCGCCUCCUCAAAAAAACUCCACAAUCCUUUGUUCCGGCAGGACCGCGCAGAAGGUGGUGGGAAAUCUAAACCCCCAACAAUGUCUCUGGAGAACCGGAAAUAACUUGCCGGUUUUCCUUUACGCACGCGUAGCCCCGCCUGUACAUCAUUUUCUCCCGGAAGUUCCUGGCUCUGUCCCUCGCAAUAGUUACUCUGUCAGUGGAGUUGCGUUCUGUGUCCGCGAAGGAUUGUAAGAGGGCAAAAGAACAGCCUUGAUCCUGGGGAGCCGGAGAGGGAGGCUCCUAUGUCUGGAGUGCACUAGCCCCAGGCUUUUCCACAAUCUCCCUGUGUCCAGGAAGACAAGCCCCAGUGAGACAAUUGGCUCAAGCUUUUCAAGCUUAGCUAAUACAUGGAGUAUUUUUGAGGAGGUAAUCUAAGUCCACACCAGCCUGUUCUCUCAUGCAAUUCCUUUCCUACAUUUGACUUCUCUCAGCUAUGCCUCCAGAGUCCUCUAUAUGUUUCAAAGAGCAACAAAAAAUGAAUAAACCUCAGAUGUUGGUGUCAUUUGAGGAUGUGGUUGUAGACUUCACCUGUGAGGAGUGGCAGGACCUGGACGAUGCUCAGAGGACCCUAUACAAGGACGUGAUGCUGGAGACCUACCGCAGCCUAGUGUUGCUGGGGCAUUGCAUCACAAAACCUGAGGUGAUCUUUAAGCUGGAGCAAGGAGCAGAGCCAUGGAUGGGAGAAGAACCCCCAAAUCUGAGCCCCCCAGAUGGCCAGAAAAUGGAUGACAUAAUUGAGACCAGCAACCAAAGUGGAGAUAGACAUGUGUGGCAAGUUGUAAUCACCACCAAGAACACAACUGAGGAGCAAGUUGAAUUAAGAAAUACUUUUGAUUUAAGCUCUAGCCAUAUUUCAGAUUUGAUUAUAAAUGAUGGAAGCUAUUCAGGAUUAAAACCUGAAGAACAUAAUGUUUGUCAGAACACACAUCUCCUCAGUGAGCCUGGUGAGGUGGAUGCUGGAGAGAAACCUAAUCAGUGUCAUAUAACUGGCAAGUCCCUGAAAUGUCCUGAGCAUUUUGGUCAGCAACCCAAGAUUCCAGCUGGGCAGCAAGAUUUUCAAUAUAAUGGACAAUGGAAAGCCUUCACCAGGGAGGCAAAAUUACUGAAAGAAUGUAUUACACAUAAGAGAGUUUCUAUGGGGCAGGCCUGCUGGGAGCAUGAUGAACCUGGGAAAGCCUGUGAGAAGUCAGCUCUCAUUGUUAAGACAGGAAGGAAAACUCUUUAUAAAAAAUGUAAUCUCACUAAGUAUCAGACACACACGCGGGAGAAAUCUUGUGAUUGUCUUGAAUGUGAGAAAACCUUCAUUACUAAAUUAGACCUUAUAAUACAUCAGAAGAAACAUUCAGGGGAAAAACCCUAUGCAUGUAACCAGUGUGAGAAAUCCUUCAGCUACAAAUCAGACCUUAUUGUCCAUGAGAGAAUUCAUACAGGGGAAAAGCCAUAUGCAUGCAAUAAAUGUGGAAAAACCUUUAGCCGGAAGUCAACUCUCACUAUCCAUGAGGUAAUUCACACUGGGAAGAAGCCCUAUGAAUGUAAUGAGUGUGGAAAGACAUUUCACCAGAAGUCAAACCUUACCAGUCACCUGAGAACUCACACAGGAGAGAAACCCUAUGAAUGUAAUGAAUGUGGAAAAGCAUUUGGCCAGAAGUCAAACCUCAGAACGCAUCAAUGUAUUCACACAGGGGAAAAACCAUAUGAAUGCAAAGAAUGUAGGAGAAGUUUCUACCAUAAGCCAGCGCUCACUAUACAUGAGCGGACUCACACUGGUGAGAAGCCCUAUGAAUGUAAUGAAUGUGGUAAAACCUUUUGCCAGAAGUCCUACAUUAGGAAGCAUCAGAGAACGCACACUGGGGAGAAGCCCUAUGAAUGUAAUGAUUGUGGAAAAACCUUUGGCCAGAAAUCCUAUCUCAGUAAACAUGAGAUAAUCCAUACUGGGAAAAGACCCUAUGAAUGUAACCAGUGUGGAAUCACCUUUUCCCAGAAGUCAAACCUCAGUAGGCAUCAGAGAACUCACACUGGAGAGAAACCCUUUGAGUGUAAUGAAUGUGGAAAAACUUUCGGGCAGAAGUCAAGCCUCACAGUCCAUCAGAGUUCCCACAAAGGGCAGAAACCGUAUGAACACCAACAGUACAGGAGAGGUUUCUUCCAUUAGGCCCCACUAUAUACAAGAAAAAUUACAUGGGGUAGAAACCAUAUGAAUGAAUGUAGAGAGAACUUUGAGCAAAAGUUACAGCUCAUUGCACAUGAGAUACUUGGGAGAAGCCCUGUGAAUGUAUUUGAAGAGGAAAACCCUUUUGACAGAUGUCAUAAGUCAGCAGGCAUUAAAAACUCACAUGGGAGGUACCUUUGAAUCUGAAAUAACUUUCUCAGAAAUAACUUCUCAUGCAUAAUGGCAAAAUAUUCUUUGCAGAGACUAGUUAUACCUACUCCCCAAACUACUUUAUUGUCUUUGGAAUGCAGCCUUCAUUUCUAGCUUUAACUCACUGUGACCAUCACUAGUUAACUGAGCUCUGCUUGGAGAAUAUGGACAGUGACAAGCAUUAUGUCCAGGCCUGGCAACACAAAGAUAGUGACUGUGCAGUUCUCUAUAUAAUUUCUCAUGUCUAGCACUGAAGCGCAGGUGGCUCUCGGGAUAACCCUGAGAGAUAAGAAAAGGUUGCUGUGGGUUAAGACAAAUGAAGAGAACAAAGAUCUUUCCAGGGUAUCCCUGUAUCCCCCCCGCCCUUUUUUUUAAAGAGAAGGAAAAGUAAGUACAGAUUCUGCUGUUCCAUUUUUUUGCAUUUGUGAUCUGUUUGCAUUGUGCUACCAGUUCUUUUAUCAGAAAAUGUAUACAGAAGAAAAAUCGGUGUUGUCAUCUUUCAUCCCCAAGUCAGUUUUUGGAAGAAUUUUUUUAAAAUGUGGAGAUACAACAAAUGGAACAAAUUUGGGAAUGCCUUUAUCAGGCAAUGAUACCAGUGAAGAGUGAGAAUAAAAUAAGUUUAUAUCCUCAAUUUGUGAAGGCUUUUAAUAAAAUAUGUAUUUUUAAUGCAUCAGAAUUUGCAGUGAAGGGAAAAAUGCCAAAUUGAUCUAAUAGAGAUCUAGGCUUUAAAAUACAAAUAUUAAAUAGAGACUAUUUCAUUACAUCCCAGUGAAAUAUGAAUGCUUAUAUUGCCAGGCAGGGUACAUUUCACUGUUUCUAGAAGCAUUUUUUUAAAAAGCAUAAUGGGAGUUGGGAAGAGGCCUCGAAUUUAUGAGAAGAGGCCUCGAAUGCAGCUACCCGGCCUACAGAUCAUGGAACAGACUCCUCAGUAGUACUUGGUUUCUACAUAAGAGUAUUUCAUGUUUGAAAUUUUCCUUAUUGGGAUCUAGAGUUAGGGGAGGUAAUUCAUAUACUAUUAAUAAAUAUUGCGACAAAUUAGCACAGUUGAUUUUCUUUUGGUAUGGCAAAAUAGGCUGCAGAGUUUAUACAGAAAAGAGCUUUAAUUUGCACAGUUUUGGAGGCUAAAAGACUAAGAUAAGGUGGCUUCAUCAUUUUGGCCCUUGCCAACAGCCCCGUUGAUUUGUUUCACAAUACAUUGAAGAAGUAAGGUGGAAAGCAGCCCUAUAUAGCAGGGGCCACACAUGUAGCAUAAGCCUGCCUUAUAACAACCCACACAGAAAGAAAUUAAGUUAGUGAUCAGUAUUAAUCCCUUAAGUGGCAUCACUUCCAGUGACCCCAUUAUCCCUCGCCUGCUGGGUCCCAUAUUUUAAAGGAUCACCCACCUCACUGCCACACUGAAGACCAAGGCUCCACACAGCGUGUAAACUUUUAGUGACAAACCCAAACAACAGCAUUUAGGAUUUUUCCACAUCAGGUGCCAUUUAGCCUCUUUAUAUUUUAUUAAGUAUGUUGGUGAUGUUAAAAACUUUGCUAAUUUGACAAGUUGUUCUAAUAUGCACUUCAAUUACUUUUUUCCUGCCUACCCAUCUUCCUGCAGUUGAAUUGAUUCCAGGAGACUUGAAAAAAAUCGGACUGAAAUUACUAUUGAAACACACACACAUCUCAUGAAGUAUCUUUUCUAGAGUUUUUUCUUUGCCUUUAUUAGCUAAAGGUGAAUGUUCAGGAAGAUAAAAGAACCUCUGGGCUGUGUUUACUUGCACUAAACCAUUUGGGAAGAAAAUAAAAGCUAAACAGUAGUUAUAAUGGGUGGUUUGAAUUAAACCUUUUCUUUUACUGCUCCUCGGAAGCCUGUAUGCAUAGAGCCUUGGGGAGGAAUGGACUUGUCUGACUUCUUCCUCCUCUACCUGUUUAUGCAGCUCUCAGCUUGGCAAAACUGCAGGCCCAGAGUGGUUAGUGCCCUGCUGUCCUAAUCCGUAAGCAUCAUUAGUUCUUGUCCCAGCUCUUGGGAACCCUGCUCUAUCCUUCUCCCCACAAGAAAGGGUCCAGUGUCAGUGGUUCACAUCUUCAUUAGUGUGUAAAGUCACGGGUCACUCUCAAGGGUGGUUCUCUUGAAGGUACAGUCUUCAGUAGAGAAAGUCUAAUAGCACUGAGUUCAAGACAAGAGGCAGAGAUGUGACAUUUGCUUAAAACCACCAUAAGGGGCUUUUACACCACGGAGUAAGCAAAAGACUUGGAGUCAGAUAGAAGCUGUAACAGUCAGAUUUGCGUCACUGUGACAAAAUACCUGAGAUAAUUAACUUAAAAAGAAGAAAAGUUUAUUUUGGCUCACAGAUUUAGAGAGCUAUUCCUGAAAAAUGUGGGGUUUCCUCAUGACACUUUGAUUCAUGUAAGAGAAUGAAGCAUCUGGAAUGAAAGAAAGGAUAUUAAUUUGACGUGGAGAGAGAUCCCUGUUCCAAGGCUGCAAACAUGGCACUCUAUGAAUUUUUUCUUUUCCUAAUUAUUUCUUGUUUCUUACUGACUCUAAAAUAGACUUUUCAUAUCACUCAGUAAUAUGCAAAUUGUCUCUGUACCCUAAAUAAAUGAAAUGCACGCUCUGAAUAGAGAUGUCUGCAUUCCCAUAUUUGUUGCAAUGCGAUUUACAAUAGGCAAUAUAUGGAACCCAUAUGAGUACCCCUCAACAAAUGAAUGGAUAAAGAAAGGGGGACACAUACCUACAAGGAAUGGUAGUCAUAAAAAAUCUGUAACUUGAAGGAAUAUGGAUGGAGUUACAGAACUUAAUGUUAAGUGAAAUAAGUUAGGCAUACAAUAAAAUACCCGUGUACAUACUCUCAUGUGAAGUCUAAAAUAAAAGUUGAUCUCACAGAAGUAGAGAGUAGAAUGGAAAAGUAAGGAGUGAUAAUUACAGUCAGAAAAUAUGAGCUCUGGUGUUCCAUUACAUAAUAGGGAGAUCACACCUAAUAAUAAUGUAUUGUAUAUUACAAGUGAAACAGAUUUUGGAUGUUUUUACCACAAGACAUGUUUCAAGUGAUAGUUCUGCUACUUAGAAUGAUUUGACUAAUACAGAUAUGCAUUAAAAUUUCAUACUGUACCCUCCAUAUUACAAUUUCUGUAUGUCAGUGAAUGCAGAAACCCAUACAAACUACUUUAUCCUUGCAGCAGAAAAAUUCUAAAUUACUCACAGAACUGAAAAAUUUCAGUGUGAGAUGACAGAGAAAACAAGUGAGAAAUGAAGAACCAUCACACAGGUAAUGAAGGAGAAUAGUUUGAUGCAUGUGUAGCUAAAUUAGAGAUACUUAGAAUGGAGAUAAUUAGAAAAUAAAAAAUUAUUCCUUUUUAAAUUCCGAGAGUACCAUGUGUGCAGCCUUGGAAUAGAUUUCAUCAUCCCACAUACAGAAUUAAUAGUUCUUCACCUUAGAUUCUUCAUUCUCUG